UGAAAAUCCCAUGAGAUAAUCGCCGGUAAGAUUCAUUAUAGAACGCCAAAUGGAUUAUUAUCAUGGGGAAGAAAGGCAAGGAAAAGGCCACAGCGGCGCCUCCGGCUGCUGCUGUGGCCGCUAACGCAUCAUCAUCAUCAUCAUCAUCAAAGAAAUCGUCCUCAUCGAAAGCUGGCAAAAAUACCGCCGCCACACAACCCAAUGAUGACUUCAUAGUCUUCACAAACUCUACCAAGGACACUAAACCCAAGAAGGGAGGGGGCCAAGGUGGUUCCUCAGGUGCGGGAGGAAAGAAUCCCGCACCAGGCGAUGCGGCGACGGCAGAGGCUCCGGGUCCCCCGAAACCAACAGUAAAACAGAUCAUCGGAGGAGCGAGUUGGACCGGGAAACUACCCGUGAAUCUGCUAUCGGAGCAUUGCCAAAGGCAGAAGUGGGACAAGCCCGAUUACCAACCUAUCAGAAAUUCGGAUGGCUUUUCGUACUUCGUUCAGCUCAGUGCUAGAAAUCCUAAGACCAAGGAGGUGCAGAAGAUCCCUCCUUUUAAGUUGCCACCUGACCAUAAGCAUCUCGUGACAAGGGAGACCGCUUUAGAAGCUAAGCAUGCGGCAGCUACCUAUGGUCUAUUCAGGGUCUGUAGCAUGAAGAACAUUCACACCACGCUCCCUCCAGAUUACAGGUCAUUAUGGAAGCAAUUCGAAGAGUUGAAGAAGGCGGACGUGAAGAAGGGCAACGCGUGGAUGUACGAUGCGGACCCCUUUGCUACCAUGAAACAACGAGAGGAUGAAAAGGUUGCUGCCGAGAAGAAGCGGAAGGAACAGGAAGCUAUCAAGGAAAAGGCGAGGAAUAUGCCGGGUGCGUCAGGCCUGGUUCUCCGAAGCAAUGCAUCCACUUCAGGGGGCGGCGGCGGAAAUCCCAUGAAAGGAUGGACUACCGUUCCCAAGAUCGAAAUGGGUAGGAAAACACGAUCUCAGUUAGAAGAUCUGCUACGUCGAGAAGUGAUAUGGAAUCCGCAUGAGGUCAAGAUGUCUAAAACACAGAAGGAAGCUAUCAUCAAGGAACUUACAAGUUCAGGCUUUCGAAAAAGCCAUGUGGAGGAAGCAGUAGACGAAUGCAAGGACAGGGAGGAAACCCUGGAGUGGUUACUCAUACACGUUCCCGAAGACGAUCUCCCUAGAUGGGCUUUACCGGAGAGUUAUAGCGCAGGAGUUUCGGUUGCCGCGACACAAGACCUAAGGCGCGAGGCGGCAGUAAAGCGAUUGUCACAAUCGGGUUACUCAGCCGAAUUGUGUAGGAAGCUCUAUGAUGAGAAAGGCGCUGAUGAAGGCGUUGCCGCUGAAGCAUUGCAGCAUUUCUUGCUUUCGAGCGGUACUGAUUCUGCGUCGAUAAAUGCUGUUUCAGAAGAACCUUUCAUAUUAGGCACAGCGGAGGAAUGUUGGAACGACGAAAUGGAGAGCCUCGCAUCCGUAUUUAGCGAGAAUUUCAAACGACUAUCUGACAAUGUCUGCCAAAUACGAAUCGAGGCAGUCAAUAACGGACCUAAGAAGGACGUUGAGACGUAUGCUCAGUUUCGGAAGACACCGCGAUAUCCAGCAGAAGUUGUUGUGGCCAUUGUAGCAGACCUUCCCUCUUAUAUUAAGCUUAGUAUUGUCAAGAAGACGCUUGCUUAUCUGGCCGAAUCCCUGAACGAAGAACCAAUGAAGAUCUACUUUGCGGUGGACUGGAUUCAGCAGAAUAUCAACACCAUUAUCGAAAACCCCGGGAAACUUCGAGACAUUUCAGGGGUCGCUUCAACUGCAGCAGAAACCCGCUAUGUUAUUCCAGUGGGCCGCAAGUCUUCAAGACAUCCAAAGCCGCUGUCAUGGACGGUUGAUAUACGGAGUAGGGAAGAAUGGCAAAAGAGACAAGACAACCCUGCAUUGAAGCAGAUGCUGGCCCAACGUCAAAAAUUACCAGCCUGGCAAACGAAAGACCAGGUUGUAAGCACUGUCUCACAGAAUCAAGUCACUAUCAUUGCUGGAGAAACAGGGUCUGGAAAAUCUACGCAAUCGGUUCAAUUUAUACUUGACGAUCUCUAUAGCAAGGGACUCGGAAACGCUGCUAGUAUUAUAUGUACGCAGCCACGGAGGAUAUCUGCUCUUGGUCUUGCAGACAGAGUGAGCGACGAACGUUGUUCGAAGCUCGGUCAGGAAGUGGGCUAUACUAUCCGCGGAGAGAACAAGACAGGGCCCCAAACUAAAAUCACUUUCGUCACUACUGGUGUGCUCCUAAGACGUCUACAAACUUCUGGCGGGCGGACCGAAGAUGUCGUUGCUUCGCUGGCCGACGUUAGCCAUGUAGUCAUUGAUGAAGUUCACGAGCGAAGUUUGGAUACGGAUUUCCUUCUUAGCAUCGUUCGCGACGUUCUGAAACGAAGAAGAGACCUCAAACUCGUGCUCAUGAGUGCUACGCUCGAUGCUGCUACGUUCAAAGGCUACUUUGCUUCUGAAGGACUUAAGGUUGGGCUGGUCGAGAUCGCUGGAAGAACAUUUCCGGUUGAGGAUUAUUACCUCGAUGAUAUCAUUCGCAUGACGGACUUCAAUGCGGACACUGGUAGAUAUCGUGAACGUGACGAGAGCAUGUUCGAUAUGGCGAAUUCGACAGAUCAGGGCUUUGGCGACCGGGGAGCGCAAGAUCCCAUUAACAAGACUAUCCAGAGAUUAGGUUCCCGGAUCAAUUAUUCCUUGCUCGUCGAAACAGCGAAAGCCAUCGAUGCAGACUUGUACCAAAACAACAAAAAGGGGGGCAUUCUCAUCUUCUUGCCGGGCGUUGCGGAGAUCAACCGGACCGUCAAUCAACUCAAGAAUGUGUCAUCCCUGCAUGUCCUACCUCUCCACGCCUCCCUUGAUACGCGCGAGCAAAGGAGAGUAUUCACGAGCCCUCCUUCUGGAAAGCGGAAAGUGGUAGUUGCAACAAAUGUGGCGGAAACAUCAAUCACGAUCGAUGAUAUCGUUGCUGUUAUCGAUACGGGAAAGGUUAAAGAGACUAGCUUCGAUCCUCAGAACAACAUGCGUAAGCUCGAGGAGACAUGGGCUUCGCUCGCCGCUUGUAAACAGCGCCGAGGACGUGCUGGCAGAGUGCAAGCCGGAAAAUGUUAUAAAUUGUACACUAGGAACCUUGAGCAGCGCAUGGCAGAACGUCCGGAGCCCGAGAUUCGUCGCGUUCCCCUCGAGCAACUUUGCUUGUCCGUACGAGCUAUGGGAACCAAAGACAUCGGCAGAUUCUUAGGAAGGACACCAACUCCACCCUCUGUUUCUGCUGUCGAUAAUGCUGUUAAGAUGCUACAGAGGAUGGGUGCACUGGAUGGCGACGAGUUAACUGCUCUUGGCCAACAGUUAGCCAUGAUUCCCGCUGAUCUACGUUGCGGAAAGCUCAUGAUCUACGGCGCUAUCUUUGGAUGUCUUGAGGAAAGUAUUUCCAUCGCCUCUAUCCUAAGCACCAGGAGCCCAUUCGUGUCUCCAUCGGAGAAGCGUGACGAAGCUAAAGCGGCUCGUAUGAAGUUUUCCAGGGGCGACGGCGACCUCCUUACCGACCUGAGAGCUUACCAGCAAUGGAACGAGAUGAUGGACCAGGGAAUGCCGCAGCGACAACUACGGCAGUUUUGCGACGAGAACUUCCUCUCGUACCAGACCCUCUCAGACAUAUCCGCCACGCGCGCACAAUAUUACUCCUCGCUCGCCGAGCUCGGGAUACGCGACACCCGCCCGCCAGGCGCCCAAGCAUCGACAUCGCUCGUCCGAGCGCUGACGGCCUCGGCGUUCACCCCGCAGAUCGCGCGCAUCCAGUUCCCGGACAAGAAGUUCGCGACGUCGAUGUCGGGCGCCGUGGAGCUGGACCCCGAGGCCAGGACGAUCAAGUACUUCACGCAGGAGAACGGGCGCGUCUUCAUACACCCCGCGAGCACGCUGCACGACAGCCAGGGGUUUUCUGGAAAUGCGGUGUUCUUGUCGUAUUUUAAUAUGAUGGCUACGAGCAAGAUAUUCAUUCGGGAUCUUACGCCGUUUAAUGCCUUUACGAUGCUCUUGUUCUCGGGCGCUAUCGAGCUGGAUACUCUGGGGAGGGGCUUGGUGGUCGAUGGUUGGCUGAGACUACGGGGUUGGGCAAGAAUCGGGGUCUUAGUCUCAAGACUCAGGGGCAUGGUAGACAACAUCAUCGCGAUGAAAGUAAACGACCCGCACGCGAACGUCUCCGACAACGAGGUGGUAAAAUUGGUGGCGAAACUCAUAGAACUAGAUGGCCUAGAUGCAUGAUCACUUACAAUGUCGUUAGUUCUAGGUUUUCGAAUGAUAGACUUCUUAAUUCUGGAUUUUUUUCUUCUUUCCUUCAAUGAGUAGUAUCCUUUAGUUCGUUACUCGAGUUUAUGUCAAGUGAAUCUCUGCCGCUGAAAUAUUUCAUUUUACAGAAGUACCUAGGUAGCAGAUGGAGUGUACAUGGUAGGAAGGUGCUACUUGCACUGUGGGAGGUAUUUAAAAUCUCCGCAGGAGAUUUUAGAGCUUAGAAACCCAACACAAAUACAACAUCUUAUCCC